UUUUGAGACGCACAAUAUAAACAACAAAACUGUUGGACAUUAACACUUUCCGAGCGUCACACGUCAAACGUGUAAAAACAAGUAAUUACCGUAUCUACAGCAUCUCAGUAAAUACAGUACCCCUUUUUGCUCUAGCACAUUUAGUUAUUACCUAAAGUUGGUCUCCCGAGGGCAUUUUUUUUAAAGUUUUGUGCACACCUUGACAGCUAAAAAAAUGGGCGCGGCUGUAACCGCAACCUCGCUACACUGCGUUUAGACUUGUUGGUGAAAGCGCAGUGAAAAAAAGGAAAAAGUAAUUAAUAAACGGCAAAGCACAAGCAUUCCUGCAAGAUCAGUCAGCAGCAGCCCACCUUUCCACGGACGGGAUACAAAAAGUGCUGGAAAAGGGAUCUUUAUCUAUAAGAAAUAAAAAAGGUUUGGGGAACGGACAUCUGCGGACGCAUUUUCUUGGAUUAUUAAGGCGAUAAAGGUAACAUGGAAUGGACAUCUUAACAACAAGAAAGAGUAACAAUACAGGUGGGAGUUUGGGAUUAUCUGGGAAAGUUCUGACAGAGUCUGUAACCACAACAUCAAGACUGACAACCCUACCUCCAAAGGGCUCCAGCGGCGGCGGCGGUCAGAGGGGUGGCUUCUCCAGCAGCUCUGGGGGUCUGGGAAUGGAAAAGAAGUUCGUCACACAGAGCAGCACCAGCUAUGUCACAUCAUCUUCAGGGGGUGGUGGCUCGAGGGGGAACGCAGGCUCCUCCCGCAGAGCCCAGGGCUCCACCUCGUCCCUCAGUUACUCCCCUGUGUCCACCCUGGAGAGGAGGGGCAUGACCAGUCGCUCAGGAGGAUAUGAAGGAAGUUCCAGUGGGAACUCUUCCCCUGAGUACACAAGAAAAGAGUUUGGAAGCUCAGCCACCCGAGGGAGGAGCCAGAGCAGAGAGAGUGAAAUCAGAGCAAGGCUGCAGAGUGCCUCUCCAUCUACUAGAUGGACUGAAUUGGACGAUGUGAAGAGGCUGCUGAGGGGAAGCCGGUCCGCCAGUGUCAGCCCCACGCGUUCCCCCUCCAACACCCUGCCUAUCCCCAAAAAGGCAACUGUGGAAACGAGGAUUGUGACUGAAGGUUCCCAGACAGUUUCAGGACAGUAUGACACCACUAUCCUGGAAUCUGCCCUGCCCUCCUACAUGUGGGCGAGCUCCACUCUGCCCACUGGCUCAUCCCUCAUGAGUGGGUACGGCUUCCAGGCCAGCCCGAACAACCUGUCACCUGGAUCGUCGCUUCUGAAUACUAAUGCCCCCUCCUCUUUAUCCGUGCAUGGUGUCCCGAACAACCUGGCGCUGAGCCCCCAGCUGAGCAGCAGUCUGACCACCAGCAGCACAGUGUAUGGUGUUCAGAAUAACCUGACAAACAGCUCCAGUGUCCUGGCCAAUUCCAAUGGACCACACAGCCAGCCAGUGUACGGGGUGCAGAAGAAUGUGUCGCAGACAGCCAAUGGCUCAGCGGUUGUCAGCACUGGGGUCUCCACAUCGUCUGGUGCUCCAGCUAGUCCCCACAAUGAUGAUGUCUUCCGGAAGGACUACAAGUUCCUGCUGUUGGAGAAGGAGAACGUGCCCUCCAAGAAGGACACAGAGCUCCUCAUCAUGACCAAAGACAGCGGGAAGCACUUUACCAGCACUUCCAUUGCAGGCGGUGGGUCCUUUUCAGAUGAUUCCCUGAAGAAAGAGAAGAUGGUAGUGUCCAGCUCGUCAGAUGCUGCCACGUUGAAAGCUGACACAAAUGCAUACUAUGGGUCCCAUAAAGUAUCAACCAAAGACAAGGCAACAUAUGCAGAGAUCCGAAAGGACAAGGAUUAUGAUGACGGAGGCGGAGGUGGCGGUGGCUGCUGUGGAGGAGGCGACUGCUGCAGCUGGUGGAAGUGGCUGCUGGGAUUGCUACUGGGGCUGCUGCUGCUCCUCGGCCUGCUCUUUGGACUCAUUGCUCUGGCGGACGAGGUGAAGAAACUGAAGUCGCGCGUGGAUGCCCUGGAGGGUUUGUCGUCUAGUACCAACUACUUGAAGUCCGUCAAUGUUAUCGACCCUCAAGACCCGGUCUACUCUGACAACCGUGACAAUAGCAUCAACCUUGGUGCUGGCCCUGGCACCGACAGUAUGUCAUUGCAGAUGACAGUCCAGCAGCUGGUGAAGUCUGAGCUGCAGUCUGAAUCAAUGAGAUCAACACUUGCUACCGUAGUCAAAGGAGAGAGAGGACAACCUGGACUCAAAGGUGAUACAGGAGCCCCAGGACCUAAAGGUGAUGCUGGCUCCCCUGGCAUACCAGGUCUUCCGGGUGUAAUCGGACACACAGGACCACAAGGGCCCAAAGGCCAGAAAGGCAACUCAGGUGAACAUGGAGCAGAAGGCCCACCUGGACAGAGGGGUCGUGAGGGGCCGGCAGGCCCCCGUGGAGAGCCAGGACUGCCUGGGUUUGGAGAGAAGGGAGACAAGGGUUCGAGUGGUGAACCAGGAAUUCCAGGGCCUCCCGGAUUAGUUGGUCCUAUGGGACAGAAAGGUUCGAUAGGUGCUCAGGGUCCUCAAGGAGUGCCAGGUUCACCAGGCCCACAGGGUUUCCGUGGUGAGGCGGGAAUGCCUGGUCCCAGAGGAGAUAAAGGAUUUGCUGGGCCUUCAGGACAAAAGGGAGAUCAGGGUGAGAAGGGACCUCGUGGACCUACAGGUGACCCGGGACAGAGAGGGCUCCCAGGACCAACUGGAGAGGCGGGACCUAAAGGAUCUGCUGGUCUCACCGGUAACGAUGGACUCAAGGGCUCCAGAGGUGACCAGGGACCAAUCGGAUUGCCAGGAAUCAGAGGACCAUCAGGCCCUCCUGGAGAUGUGGGCCAACCAGGCCUUCCUGGAUUACAAGGACCACCAGGACUACCAGGAAACCCAGGCCAGCCCGGAGCUAAAGGCGAUGCGGGUGAACCAGGCAAAGUCAUUAAUGCAGCGGGAUCUUCCUCUGUGGCUAUCCCAGGACCCCCAGGGAUCCCUGGACCUCCCGGACAACCCGGUCCCCCAGGACUGUCAGGUCCCAUUGGUCCUGCUGGACUUCCAGGACAGCCAGGUACUAAGGGUGUCCAAGGAGAAAGAGGCCCACCUGGAGAGCCUGGGAUCACUGUGGAAACGUCACGCAGGGUUAUGUUGUCAAACACCGAGAGGCAACAAUCAAGCUCUGAUACUGUUCUUCAGGGACCCCCAGGGCCACCUGGGCCUCCAGGACCCCCAGGCGUCUCUAUUCCAGGUCCUCCUGGACCCCGAGGAGAGCCAGGCACUGGCAAACCUGGACCUGCUGGUCCCAAGGGAGAGCCUGGGAGCUUUGUGCCAAAUUCAGGAACAUUCUUUGCUGGGCCUCCUGGGCCUCCCGGACCUCCUGGGACCAAAGGAAAUGAUGGUGACCAAGGACCCAGGGGAUACCCAGGGGAACCUGGUCAGCCUGGUCUACCUGGGAGCCCUGGCAGCCCUGGGGAUGCUGGGAUAGGACUUCCAGGACCUCAAGGCCCUCCAGGAGCCCCAGGACCAGAGGGCCCCAAAGGAGAUCAAGGUGAAGCUGGAGUUCCUGGAGCUCCUGGAAUUCCUGGCUCCACAGUCUCCAGAGGUAAUGGACGAGCCUAUCAAGGCCCUCCUGGGCCCCCUGGGCCCCCUGGGCCUCCAGGCCCUCCAGGUUCGGGUGGAGCUGAUGUUCGUGGGUACAUCGCAGAAUACCUUCAGAGUGAUUCUGUCAGGGGCUACAUGGUUGGGCCCCAGGGCCCACCUGGACCACCUGGGCCUCCAGGAGCUGGUCCGCUGUCAAUUGAUGAGGUGGCCACUCAGGUUAUUGCCUACGUACAGAAUGCUGGUGGCCUGCCAGGGCCUUCAGGGUCUGUUUCUGUCAAUGAUAUUCUGGCUGUGCUACAGAGGGAGGAUGUGCGGCAGUACCUGAUGGGUCCCCCAGGCCCUCCUGGACCUUCAGGCUCUGGGGACCCCGGCUCUUACAACCUGCAGGAGCUGGCCUCUCGGGUCGUCAGCAUCAUGUCCGAGAUGGGAGUGAGAAUAGGUCUGCCGGGUCCCCCUGGGCCUCCUGGACCCCCAGGACUGCCAGGAUCGACAUAUGGAGACAUAUCAGCCAUACUGCAAAACUCCGAGUUUCGUGGGAUUGUUGGGUCACCAGGGCCCCCUGGACCUCCUGGAAGACAGGGCCCUCAGGGGCCAGUUGGUCCCCCAGGACCAGCCACUUUUAGUGGCUCAGGCUACAGGCUGGAAGACAUCAGAACCUACCUGCACAAUGUUGGGUUCAGUGGCCCCCCUGGUCCUCCUGGUCCGCCUGGCCCUCAGGGACCUCCAGGAGUGUCUGGAGGAUUGGUGUCGUAUGCUGAGAACACGCAACGAGACCGCUUCCGCACAGAGCUCAUCGAGUACCUCACCAGUGACAGUGUGCGGAGUUACAUCUCGGGACCCCCAGGACCCCCCGGCCCACGUGGAUUCAAAGGAGAGCGUGGUGACCCCGGCUACAGUGUGGGUGUGGACAGCCAGUGGUCUGGAACGCUAGACUACUCCACUGUGGCAGUGAAAGUGUCUGACUACAUAAAGUCCCAGGGCCUGCUGAAGGACAUCUCCCACACCACGAGUGAGCACGUGAUUGAGCGUGUGAGUUAUCCAGGGCCCCCUGGACCUCCCGGUCCGCCUGGGCUCCCAGGAUACAGCCGGGUCAUUGGAGCUCAUGGCAAUGUCACCGCGGACCUGAUGAGCUUCUUCAGAGAAUAUGGAACUAUUCCAGGCCCUCCGGGUAGGCCAGGUCAGAAAGGAGAGAGAGGCUACAUUGGACCCAAAGGAGACCGAGGUGAAAUAGGCCCACAGGGACUGCCAGGAAUCCCAGCUGCUCCGGGCCCCAAGGGAGAAAAGGGUGAAAAAGGAGAGCGACUUGUCGUCAGUCGGAGAAAGAGAAGCGUAGGUGUUUAAGGAAAACUGCAAAAUUCACUUUCUUUUAAUUUAUCUAAAGAAAUUUAGCAGUACUUGAAAACUAACUCUUUGGGAACUGGGAAUAACAGAGAGCAACAAUCUUACUUGCUUUUCAGCGGGAUCAUACUUACUGUACAUGCAAUGCAAGUUUUUCCAUUUAAUAUUUUAAAUGCAGUUUUGGGGAGAUUUUAUAGUAUUCAAGUGUUACUUUUUUUUAAAAACAAACCAUUUUUUAAUAUUCAACUUGUUCUUGGCUUAAUAUUUCAUUCUUAUUAAUUGUAUACGCCUAGAAGGUAAAAACUAGUACCACAUGUAACUGUCCUUAAUACAACACCAUUUCCUCCACCAUUUCCUUACAGGUCUAUACUUAACACAAAAACGUAUAACAUGAAUUUGGUUAAGUGUCAUAUUAUUUUUACAAGUUGUUUUACCACACUCUUUAGAUCCAAGCAGUAUUUGGCGAUUGUACCUUAACGAUUUAAAUGUUUCCAGAACAAAAUAUUUUGGUUUUUGUGACUAAUUUUGUACUUUGUGAAAACGGUCAGUUUACCUGCCCGCUGAAGUCAAUAACUUUCAGUUUAAUUUGAGAGGUUUGUUGUUAACUUUUUAUUUGUAAAAUCUUCUCUUCCCUAGAUAACUAGGGUAGAAUCUAUAUUCUUCUUACAUUCCAAUACUUUUUUAUAUUUGAGCAUAAGCAAUGUGUUUUUCUCAAAGGUUCUGCACUUUUUUUAUUUUAUGAUGAUUGUUUUUGAUGUAAAUGCCAAAUUGUUAACUUGUUCUAUUUGCCACAAUAUAUAAAUUGGUUUCUAAAACGUUUCAAACCUAAAUCCUCAUUUUAGGUUUUAAAAAGGUUUAAAAAAGUCUUGGUCAGUUUUACUCUUUGUACUGACACUGCCAUGUUACACAAAUUUCAUAAAACUCAUGUAUGCAAGAAAUAAUGGAAAUGUAUUUUAAUAUGAAAUUUUGAAUAAACCUUUUUGUUUAAUAUAUGGUUUAUUCUAGUUUAAGUAAAAGAUCAAGGAAGUCUUUUUAUACUCAUUUAUUAAAUUCUUACAAAACUUUGUAAUUAAGGGUGUGUGGGUUGGUGGUGGAGGGAUUAUUCACAUUCCUUUAAAACUUCCUUUGAAAUGAACAAAUAUACUAUUUAAUGAGAAAAGAAUAGCAUAUAUAAUCACGUGGUGCAGUUAUAUAAAAAAUGCAAUAUUAAAAUAUACAGUAAACAUUUUAUUUACAACAAAAUGUCAAUCUACAGAAGCAUAUUUCUUCUAUAAAUCACCUGACCUUUAAAAUGCAAAAGAUCUACAUAGUAAAAUCAUUGAAUUUGAGACAUUCAGAUUAUACAUCAUUGUAAUGUUUACAGACUGGAACAUAAGAAAAUCACUUUUCAACAGAACAUUUGACAGCUUGGAGGCACAACACCCAUAAGCUCAUCACCAUGAUCUAGUAACAGCAGACACCAUCAUAGCUCAGGGCAAGCAGAUUUAGAUGGUCCAUCUAGCUGUUUGUAGGUGGCUGCGUUCACAAACCAGACUCAAACGGGACGUUUAGUAUUACAUGUUAAAUUCAAGUAAUUUAACAAGGUGUUUCAAGCUACAUUUUAAAUGCUUUACAUGCACUAUUAAUAUAUUACCCACAAUUCACGGGAAAAUCCAGCAGCAAGGAUUUUAGAUUUAAGGAAUAAUGUGUCAAAUUUAAAUUCAUUGCCUUUCUUUUCGAGGUGCGAAAAAGUUAUUAAAGGUUUACCCUAAAUACGGGGGGAAAAAACAUUUUAAAUGGAACAGAUUAUUAGGACAUUUUAAGUACACCGAUCCUAUGGAUCAAAUUGACAAAGCCAUGCAAACCUCUUUUGUGUCUUGCCUGAGUCCAGUAAUUAUUUUAAAGGACUAUUAGGGCAUGAAGAAUGCAUUUCUUAAUCUGCAAAAUGAAAUAACCAUAGCCCAUCCAAUAAAGCUUCAUGAAAAGAACUAGUAAAAUGUUUUAUCUAUUCAUUGAACAAGAUACAUCUUGUGCUAUCACCGUAUUGAGAGGGACAAACAGCACAAGCAACUAAAGGCAGUUGAACACCGCCAUUUUAAAAAUCUAGUAACAUAAUCAUCAAGAAACAAUUUAACUUCAGAUUUAAGAUCAGAUCACAUGGUUUUCAAUGAUGAUGAGUUAUCAAGUGAUAAAGGGAAGAUAGUCUCCACAAAUGUUUACAAAAUCAAAAUUGUCAAAAUAAAGACCAAAAUAACAAAUGUGGAAGGACAGAAGCA